GGCCCUUGCCUGACUAGUCGGUGGCAAGAAACGGCAGGACUUCCGCUUUGUCUCCUGGCGCGACUAUUGAGUUCGGGGUAGGGGCAGGCUCUCGCCUCCGGAAGUCACUGUGGGGCUGGAGUUCCGUUCAGACCUCCGGUGUCUGGCGCGCGAGGAGCGGGUUCGGAGCGUUCUGGGAUGCUAUUGGCUGUCACGGUUCAGCUCGCCGCCCGGAUUGGCCGGAGCCACGCCCCCUGGGAACGUGGGGUAUUCGGACACGGGAAAACGUGGGAGGUAAUUCUUCGUAUCGUCAUGAAGAAGCCACGCGCAGCUGUGGGAAGUCGUCGCAGGAAGCAGACAUCCAGUGGGGAGGAAAGGGAGAAGCAUGCCCUCAGCAGCAGCCAGGCCAGGCCUACUACCCCUGAUGGCCAGGCCAGGCGUCAGGAGGAGGUGGUAUUGCAGGCCUCUGUCUCCCCGUACCACCAAUUCAGAGAUACAGCCGAGGUCACCGUCUUCCGGGAGAGCCUGCUGAGCUGGUAUGACCAAAAGAAGCGGGACCUGCCCUGGAGAAGGCGGGCAGAGGGUGAGGUGGACCUGGACAGGCGGGCAUAUGCUGUAUGGGUCUCAGAGGUCAUGCUGCAGCAGACCCAGGUUGCCACGGUGAUCGACUAUUAUACCAGAUGGAUGCAGAAGUGGCCAACACUGCAGGAUCUGGCCAGUGCUUCCCUGGAGGAAGUGAACCAGCUCUGGGCUGGCCUGGGGUACUACUCCCGAGGCCGGCGGCUGCAGGAGGGAGCCCGGAAGGUGGUAGAGGAGCUCAGGGGCCAUGUGCCACGCACAGCAGAGACCUUGCAGCGGCUCCUGCCUGGCGUGGGGCGGUACACAGCUGGAGCCAUUGCUUCCAUUGCCUUUGGCCAGGUGACCGGUGUGGUGGAUGGAAACGUAGUGCGGGUGCUAUGCCGUGUCCGAGGCAUUGGUGCCGAUCCCAGCAACACCUUUGUCUCCCAGCAGCUCUGGAGCCUAGCCCAGCAGCUGGUAGACCCAGCCCGGCCCGGAGACUUUAACCAAGCAGCCAUGGAGCUGGGAGCCAUAGUGUGCACCCCGCAACACCCACACUGCAGCCAGUGCCCUGUCCAGAGCCUGUGCCGGGCACACCAGAGGGUGAGCCAUCUGGGGAAGGGGCAGCGAGGUCCUAGGGAGUCCCCCGUGCACCGUGACUUCCUUCCCUAUGCCUGCCAGGUGGAGCGGGAGCGGCUUCCAGCCUCACAGAGCCUGCCAGGCAGUCCUGACGUGGAGGAGUGUGCUCCCAACACUGGACAGUGCCAGCUGUGCGCACCUCCUACCGAGCCCUGGGACCAGUCGCUGGGAGUGGCCAACUUUCCCAGAAAGGCCAGCCGUAAGCCCCCCAGGGCGGAGUGCUCUGCCACCUGUGUUCUGGAGCAGCCCGGGGCCCCUGGGGGUGCCCGAAUUCUGCUGGUGCAGAGGCCCAACUCAGGUCUGCUGGCAGGACUGUGGGAGUUCCCAUCUGUGACUGUGGACCCCUCAGGACGGCAUCAGCGCAAGGCCCUGCUGCAGGAACUGCAGAAUUGGGCUGGGCCCCUCCCAGCCACCCACCUGCAUCACCUAGGGCAGGUGGUCCACACCUUCUCUCACAUCAAGCUGACCUAUCAAGUAUAUGGUCUGGCCCUGGAAGGGCAGGCCCCAGUGACAGUCACAGCACCUGGCGCGCGCUGGCUGACUCGGGAAGAGUUUCACACCGCAGCUGUCUCCACCGCCAUGAAAAAGGUGUUCCGGGUGUAUGAAGGCCAGCAGUCGGGGACCUGCAAGAGUUCCAAAAGAUCCCAGGUGUCGACUCCAUCCAGCCGGAAAAAGCCCAGCCCAGGCCAGCAAGUCCUGGAUCGUUUCUUUCGGCCCCAUAUCCCCACAGAUGCACCUAGACUCAACAGUGCGGCCCAGUGACACAUCUGGAAGCGCCCUCCCCUUGAGAAUCCUGUUUUUUAAUAAAGUACUUAUUUUUAUAGUCA